UAUAACUAAAAUAACAUUUGUGAGAGACUACAAAAUCCGAUCUCGCUGUUAAUGAACACAAAUAAUGAUAUAAUAUAAAUAUGAAGAAGCCAAACCGAAUUGUUUUAGUAUAACUUUCAUGAAAAAGGGAGAUUAGUUGUAGUCAUGGCAGCUGAUUCAUGGCUCACAUCUCUUGAUUGUUCAGUUUCUUCCAUCCAAUCCUCAGAUGAUCCUUCUUUUGUCUUAGUAGCAAUAAGAUGGCUUAAAUUCAUUUUCCUUUCACCAUGUCCUCAGAGGAUUGUGUUAUCAUCAGUUGACCUGCUUUUCUUGUUGAUCCUACUAAUACUAGCAGUUAAAAAGCUAAGUUCAAGAUUUCUAAAGAAUGGAAGUUCCACCUCUUCCCUUGAUAAACCUCUCCUAGGAGAUGAAAGGCCUCAAUUUAGGAUCACCUUUUGGUUCUAUGGUUCUUUAGUUGUGACAGCUCUUUUAGCCAUAACUUAUAGUGUUCUUUGCAUAUUAGCCUUCAGUCAGGGUGUUCAAUCAAGAUGGGAAAUGGCAGAGGCUUUUUUCAGACUAAUUCAUGCUGUAACUUAUCUUGCUAUUUUUGUUCUAAUUGUACACCAGAAGAGAUUUGCUGCUGUUUCGCAUCCCAUAACACUUCGAGUCUACUGGGCGAUGAGCUAUGUUAUCGUGCUACUCUUUGCGAUUACUGCAAUUAUUCGUCUAUUCUUUACUGGAUACAAUGUGGAUGUGAGUAUGAGAAUGGAUGAUAUAGUUAUCUUGGUUAGCUUUCCUUUGUAUUUGUAUCUUCUCAUUCUUGCCAUAAGAGGAUCAUCUGGAAUUUUUCCUACUAGCCGACAUGAAGCAGCUGAGCUGAUUUUGAUAGAUUCUAAUGUGAGUGGAUAUGGCACAGCUUCGCUAUUCUCUAGAGCAGUGUGGAACUGGAUGAAUCCAUUGCUUAGUAAAGGAUAUCAAUCCCCUUUAAAGUUAGAUGAAGUACCUUCGCUCCCACCUGAUUUUCGAGCUGAAAGAAUGGCAGAGUUUUUCGGAAAGAAUUGGCCUAAGCCAGAUGAAAAUGUGAAGUAUCCUGUACUAAUGACAUUAAUCCGAUGUUUCUGGAGAGACAUUGUUAUAAUUAGUUUCCUUGCAAUAGUACAGUUGGCUGUUAUGUAUGUUGGUCCAGUUCUAAUCCAAAGUUUCAUUAGUUUUACUUCUGGGGAUAGAACAAACCCUUCUGAGGGCUAUUAUCUAGUCUUGAUUCUAUUGGUUUCCAAAGUAAUUGAAGUUCUUACUUCACAUCACUUCAGUUUUCAAUCUGAGAUUCUUGGAAUGAAGAUUCGGUCAUCCCUUAUCACUACUUUAUACAAGAAAGGUCUCAGAUUAACUUGUUCGUCCAGACAGGCUCAUGGUGUAGGACAGAUAGUGAAUUACAUGGCUGUUGAUUCCCAACAGCUUUCUGACAUGAUGCUACAGCUUCAUUCUCUCUGGAUGAUGCCAUUGCAAGUUGGAGCUUCAUUACUUCUCUUGUACUAUUACAUGGGUGUUUCUAUGUUCGCUGCAUUUGUUUUAAUCGUUGGAACUAUGAUCAGUACACUGUUGAUGACGCGCAAAAACAAUGAGUUCCAAUUCCAAUUGAUGAUGAAGCGCGAUUCAAGGAUGAAGGCUAUAAAUGAACUGUUAGGCAACAUGCGUGUCAUCAAGUUUCAGGCAUGGGAAGAACACUUCAAAGAAAAAAUUCAAUCUUUACGUAAUGAGGAAUUCAAUUGGCUUAGUAAGUUCAUGUACUUACUUUCUUGCAACUUGUCAGUGCUGUGGAGUAUGUCACAGGUCAUAGCAGCUUGUACAUUUGGAGUUGCAAUCCUUUGCAAAAUACCUUUAGAUGCUGCCACAGUAUUCACAGCAACAACAGUUUUCAGAAUUUUAGAGGAUCCUAUCAGAACCUUUCCCCAGUCCCUUAUGUCAGUUUCACAAGCCAUGGUAUCUCUAGGUAGGUUAGAUGGAUAUAUGACUAGCCGUGAAUUGGAUCAUAAAGUUGUCGAAAGAGAAGUAGGCUGUAGUGGUAGGAUUGCAGUGGAGGUGAAAGAUGGGACUUUUUCAUGGGAAGAUGAUGGUGAUCAAAUUGUUCUAAAAGACAUAAAUGUUGAAAUUCGAAAGGGAGAGCUUGCUGCAAUUGUGGGAAUGGUUGGAUCAGGAAAGUCUUCUUUGUUGGCAUCAAUUCUUGGUGAACUUCAUAAGUUAUCGGGAGAGGUCAGAGUCUGUGGAAGCACUGCUUAUGUUGCCCAAACCUCAUGGAUACAGAACGCUACAAUCCAAGAAAACAUCUUGUUUGGUUCACCAAUGAACAACAAAAGAUACAAAGAUGUACUACGGGUUUGUUCCUUGGAGAAAGACUUGGAAAUUCUGGAACAUGGAGACCAAACUGAGAUAGGAGAACGAGGAAUCAACCUUAGUGGAGGUCAGAAGCAGAGGAUACAACUUGCAAGAGCAGUAUAUCAGGACUGCGACAUCUAUCUUCUUGAUGAUAUAUUUAGCGCUGUUGAUGCUCAAACUGGAUCAGAAAUAUUUAAGGAAUGUGUAAGGGGAGCUUUGAAGGAUAAGACUAUUGUUCUUGUCACUCACCAAGUUGACUUCCUGCACAAUGCAGAUCAUAUUCUGGUCAUGAGAGAUGGUAAGAUCGUGCAGUCUGGGAAAUAUGAUGAGCUUGUCGAAUUGGGUCUGGAUUUUGGUGAUCUUGUCGCUGCACAUGAGAACUCAAUGGAUCUCGUGGAAAAUAGCCCUAGUGCUUCUGGUGAGAAUCUCCCACAAACACCAAGAUCACCUCAUCAACUAAUGCCGAAGUCACCCCAGAAAUCUCAAGAGGAAGCCAAUGGUGAAAGCAGUUCUUUAGACCAAAAACCAAAGGGUAGUUCCAAGCUUAUUGAAGAUGAGGAAAGAGAGACCGGUCAUGUCAGUUUUGAUGUCUACAAGCAGUACUUCACUGAGGCAUUUGGAUGGUGGGGAGUAGCAGCUGUAGUAAUCAUUUCUGUAUUUUGGCAAGGGUCCUCUAUGUUGAGUGACUAUUGGCUGGCAUAUGAGACUUCAAAGGACCAUAUAUUCAAUCCUUCUCUCUUCAUAGAGGUUUACUCGUUUAUAGCUGGCUUUUGUUGCAUUUGUGUGGUUGUCAGAUCAUUUCUUGUCGCGUUUGUGGGUCUCAAAACAGCUCAACGUUUCUUCGAUCAAAUUCUUGAUAGCAUACUGCAUGCUCCAAUGUCAUUCUUUGACACAACUCCAUCAGGAAGAAUAUUAAGUCGAGCAUCAACUGAUCAGGCAUAUGUUGAUUUUCUGAUUCCACUGUUUCUAAGUAUAGUGCUUCUGAUGUACUUUGCAUUAUUUGGCAUGCUGUUCAUAACAUGCCAGAGUGCUUGGCCAACUAUCUUCCUCAUAAUCCCCCUAGUUUGGCUUAACAUCUGGUACCGGAGAUACUACAUUGCAUCCUCACGCGAAUUAACCAGACUUGGUUCAAUCACCAAAGCUCCAAUCCUUCAUCACUUCUCUGAAACCAUAUCAGGCAUCAUGACUGUACGCUGUUUCAGGAAGGAAGAUAAGUUCUUUCAAGGAAAUGUUGAGAGAGUCAAUGCUAAUCUAAGGAUGGAUUUCCACAGCAAUGCAUCAAAUGAAUGGCUAGGUCUUCGCCUAGAGUUUAUUGGUAGU